AUGUCUGUCUUCUCCCUCAUCAAGAGAUCCAGGCAACAAGCCAAGGAGCACAAGCAGAAACAGGCGGAAAAGACGGUAGAAGCUCCCAAGGAACCGUAUAAGCACGUCCCUACUCAUGCCGCCUUUGACGCCCUUUCCGGAGCACCGUCGUCAUUCAAGGAAGAGGACCGGCCGAGGAUCAUGGAACAAAACCGGAGGAGGACUGUCAUGGCCUCCAGCGGAUUGACCAGAAUGUCCGGAGUCGCUCUGCCUCGCGUCUCGAGCAGCCUUUCUCAUGUCACAUACCCUUCCGACAAUGCCACUCCGAUGAGUAUCAUGCCCCAGGCUUACAGCUACAGUGGUGGCCCGCCCGCGGCUCAAUUCUGGCACGAACGUAACAAGAGUUCCGUGUACUCGGUCACAGAUGGCAGCCGCAUUUCGCUCAAGGGCAAGGAGGUGGAUCGAUCCUGGGGGUCAGGUCGCAACAGCCCAACUUUUAUCCAGGCCGAGUCUCCUGCCGGUAGCUCCAAUUAUUCGACUAGCUCACAGGAGGACCUAGAGAUGAAGCCCGUUCGCCAAAAGUCUGUGCCGCCUGCGUACCGAAACCCUGCGGCUGCCACUAAUGCUCACCGGCUUCACCCGAGCUCUCGCCGUGCAUCGGAUGCAUCGGAGCGAGGCGAUAGCUCACCCAAGGCAGCCGAACAAUCAUCAAGCUCGACCGACAGGGCAAAGCCUCCCGUAUCGAUGCGUGGCUUCAGCCCCAUCCCGGCAAUGACUCUCCCGCCGAUGCAACUGGGGAACACUUCGUUGAGCAUGCAGGGUACUGUUGCUUCCUCUGCCGCCUCGACCAUCAGCAGUCGCUCUUCGUCGGGCCUCUCGUCCUUCAACUUCAACAGCAACAGUGCACCUUUUUCGGCCCCCAUGUCUGGCCGAUCAUCCGCCGCCACCACGCCAGCAGCAUGUGUCACGCCCGAGCCAGUCUGGGAGUCUGUCGAGGAAGAGGAAGAGGAAGGCCGUUCAUACACGCACGCUCCGGCGUAUGCAUCCGCUGCUGCUGUUGCGCCGUCCGCGAUGAAGCAAAGGGACAGGAGGAGCGUGGUAAAGUCCAAAGUCACCCGCUUCACAGAACUUGAAAAGAUCGAAUCCCACACGGAGAAGCCUGCCGCCGCGCCGACCCAGGUCCCUAACGAUAAGGACGUCGUCGACGAGGCAAUCGCAGUCGAGAUGGUGACCGCUACGCCCACAGAAGUAGUCUCGCCGAGUAAAUCCGGAAAGCUCUUCUCGAAGCAGGUCGGCUCCAAGCCGGUCAAGAAGAGCCGCUGGUCUAUAAGGAGCUCCGCCGUUGCAGCCUGA